AUGAAUUCUCGAAUCGCAACACCAAAACAUCGUUUUGGGCUGGCAGCAUCUGCUACCGCCGCUGGUGCCAAUUCGUCAUCACCGACAAAAGCGUCCACCCCAAGAUUACGCCCGGCAAGCUCGAAAUUGGCUACCUGUUUGCUCACGAAACGCACCCAGUUGAACACAUCGAGCUCGGAAUCAUUACCAACCACACCGGUCCGUACGCCGAAAGUGGUUUCCGCGCGUCCACCCAGCUUUGGGAAUGGGUUAGAAUUGAAGUCCAAAUCAUCCACCUCGCUUGACACCAACAGCUGUUACACACCAUCGUCCACGUACCGUGCACCGCCGGUAUCGUCGAAAAGUGUUUCCAAAGACUUCGGUACACCGCGCAACGGAUUAAAGCGUGCGGUAGCACGCGAGAAUCUGCUUAGCGCAAGAACACCGGAAUGUUUUUCGCGCAUCUCACUAGACAGUCCGCAAGCGUUCGGUGGGAAACGUCGUACCAGCCAAACAAAGCUCGAUGAAACACAACGCAGCACAAAGGAAAAGGAAAAAGAUGGCACCGGGAGUGAAAUAAGCAAUCUGAAGGUAGCUGUACGCAUCCGGCCCCUAUCGGCAAAGGAAUGUAUCGACUCAGUUGCCAAUAUUGUUCGGGUAGAGAACAACGAGCUGUACAUAAAUGGGGGAAAUACUGCAGAUAAUCUUGCCGGGGUUGAGCAUUACUUUCUGUACGAUCAUGUGUUUUGGUCGUGUAAUGCAGAGGAUCCGGCAUACGUUGGUCAGGCCGGAGUGUACCACAACCUUGUCCAUCCACUGCUCGAUAAAGCGUUUGAAGGGUACAACACAUGCCUGUUUGCAUACGGACAAACGGGAUCUGGCAAGAGCUACAGCAUGAUGGGAAUGGAUCUGGAUGAGAAUUAUGACGUAGCUCCGAACCCGGACGCAGGCAUUAUACCACGCUUUUGCCACGAAUUGUUUACGCGGAUCAAUGCACUGAAGGGACAGGUGCAUGCCGAAGUGGAAGUAAGCUAUUUUGAAAUAUACAACGAAAAGAUACACGAUCUACUGUCCGUUACGCCAACGGAUGGUGUGAUCACGUUGUCUACCCCAGGUCAGGGAACAAAGCGACCCGCCCUGAAGGUUCGCGAACAUCCUCUCUACGGACCGUACGUUGUGGAUCUAUGCAAGCAUCCGGUAGACUCGCAUACGGCUUUGCGGAAUUGGCUCGCAGUGGGAAACAGCCAGCGAGCGACAGCAGCUACCGGUAUGAACGAUAAAAGCUCCCGAUCACAUUCGAUCUUUUCCGUUGUGCUGAAGCUGGUCGAAAUUGUGCACAGUAGCGAUACGGACGAUGUAUCUGACCGGCCCGGUACUACGUCGGUUAAGCAGACGAAGCAAAGCAAAAUUAGUCUGGUGGAUCUGGCCGGUUCUGAGCGCGUGAGCCAAACGUGUGCGAGUGGUGCACGGCUGAAGGAAGGCGUUAGCAUCAACAAGAGUUUACUGACGCUUGGGAAAGUAAUUGCGGCACUGGCAGACCCGAAGAAAAGUGCAAAUUCGUACAUCCCUUAUCGAGACUCCGUUCUAACGUGGCUUUUGAGGGAAAACCUCGGCGGCAAUUCCCGCACGGUUAUGUUGGCCACCAUUUCCCCUGCCAGUAUUCAUCUCGACGAAACGCUUGCCACGCUUCGGUAUGCUUGCCAGGCCCGUAGCAUCGUUAAUCGCGUCAAGGUCAACGAACAUCCGCACGAUCGUAUCAUCCGUGAGCUGCGAGCCGAAGUCGAACGUCUGCAGGUUCUGCGGCAGGAUUACGAGCGUCAAAAGAGACUGUCCGAGGCACAUCAGCAUCAUCAUCCACCGCGUAAAAUCAUCAUCGAAACUUCGGUUGACGAUGGUGAGGUUGAGGCAUUGCGUCAACAGUUGGCAGAAAUGGAACAGGAACUGAGCAAUGCCCAGCGUUCGUGGCGCGAACGGCUGCAGGAAGCUGAAGAUGUCCGACGGACGGAGAUGAAGUUGCUGAAGCGCAAAGGACUGGCGCUGGAAUUAUCGGCCGAGCAGACGGAGCCGUGUCUGGUGAACUUGGCUGCCGAUCCAAUGCUGUCAGGAACGCUGCUGUACAUCAUUCCACCGGGGACAGUUCGGAUAGGUCGACCUUCUUCGCUUUCAGCGCCGGAUAUUGUGCUAGAGGGUCCACUUGUGUCGCCCAAUCAUUGCUCGAUAGAAAACAUAAAUGGAAAGCUGUUUCUAUUACCAGAAACCAACACGGAGUAUGAAACGUUCGUUAAUGGCGAACUAAUCCAGGAUCGUCGUCAGCUGUUCCAUGGAGAUCGUCUGGUGAUCGGUGGUUCACACUAUUUCCGUAUCUCGAAUCCGCUGUGUCCGAAUAAAAAAGCUACCCAAAUUAUGGUAGACUUCCAGUUGGCUCAUCAGGAAAUUUUGCACGAACAGGAGAAUCGCCUUCGCCGUGAGCUGGACGCCGAAAAGCAGGCAGCCAUUGCGCGCAUCGAGGCCGAACGAAUGGCCCACGAGCAGGAAUAUGAAGAGCGUCUAGCUUGUCUUGAGUUGGAGAAAUUCAAGUACAAAUGUCGCAAGGAACUGCUGGAAACGGAACAAGAAGCAUUGCUACAAUCAUCCGGUAAACGCGACAAGUCCGAUGGAACUAAAGAACGUUCAUCACUCGUACGCGAUUCUCUUGAUUGUGCAUCAUCCACCGUGCAAUCGAACUUAGCAGAGGAAAUUCGCCGAAUAAUGGAGCACACGAGCGAGGAAAGCCUGGCACACAUACAGAUGAUGGUAAAGGAAGCGAGCCAACGUUGCCGAACCGUCGGUUUGGACUACGAGUUCAAGCAAACCCAGGUGUGGCAAGAUGAAGGCAUUUUCCGUGCGAUUAUCAAUAUCGUUGAUCGUGCAAAUGGUCGUGUAGCUGAGUGGGUACCGGCACGUUUAGAAUUUUGGCUAGGUGUAGUACGCGAGCGGGACGAUCUAACCGUGGACAACAUGUUUGAACAUUUCGAUCUCAUUUGGAGCGAUGCGACGGAUCAGUCGGCGAACGAAUCACUUCUGAACGAUUCACACAAUUCUAGCCGCAUUUCGUUGAAUCUUGGCUCAGUUAAGGAAGCCUUCCGUGGACGGCACAAUAACGUUUCCGGUUCCGGUUCCAGUAGCCCAAGUAGUGGAAAUACGUCAGCAGGAAGCACACGUAAAUCGCAAGGACUUUUUAAAUCCAUCUUCUCAAGAUCAGGACUCACGCAGCAAAUCCCGACUAAUGCCAAUGAAGAUCGAAGCUGUACAGCUACCAGCGCGAAAAAAGCUCUCUUCUUUGACUCGGAUCCCAACGAUGAAAAUGUCCCCAUCAACCAUCAACAACCAUCGCCAGCGAAGAGCACCACUCUUCAACGAUUCGAUCAAAAGGCGGCCAACUAUCUUAAAGAUCUCUGCGUUACUACACUGAAGCUUCGGAAGCUGUGCGAGAGACACAGCCAAGAAUCCGACUCGCCAGCCAUUAGUAUUGAUGCCCAAGGUAAGCCAAGAAGGAAUGACGCGGAAGAAAAGCUGGCAGCACGCUGCCUAGAAUCGGUGAACGAUAUUGAGCGUACCUUGCAAUGCAUACGAUCGGUGCUGGCAGAUCACAACAUUAAGGAAGCGACGCUCAAUGCAAUGGAAGAUGAUUUCGGACGAACGCCCAAAUCGGUAAGGUUUCUGUUGGACUAGCAGGACGAUUACGAACUAUU